GCGGAGGGCGGGGCAUUUCUCGUGGAUCCAUUGGCGGCAGCGAACUCUUGAUGCGGGACAAGGCUCCGCUUGGUCGUCGGUACUGCUGACAUCCCUGCCCCCGUUGUGCUUAUCCUCUACCACCCUUCCCCAAAAGAAAGGCGCCGCCUCGUCCUUUAUUUUUCUUCAUGGCUCGAGGCUCUCACUCCCACACCUCUUCUUCCCUCCAUCCCAAACCUCGCUGUACAUACCCGUCUAUCGUUGACUACGCACGCCUACAAACUCUGCGGCUGGGCUGGCUUUGGCUGCCGCAAUCCCCCAGCCUCACAGACGAGCCAAUGUGUCGAUAGCCACAGGCCCCCAUCCAACACGCACCGUGACUGCCGGGAACCUUUGACUGCGAAUCCCAGAAGCUUGUGUAUUUUCAGACGGCGGGUUUUGCCAGUUGGCAAUCGCCAGGCAAAAUGUUUUGCAUAAGGGUAAGUCUGUGCCGUUCUUUGUUCUUGGUAAGCCGUUGGGAAAUACUACCAGGCAGGAGGCUAAUGCAUGGCGUGGGAUUGCAGUUCGGGCGAGAAGAGCCGUCCAAGAAAAAGGGCAAGGGGAACUUUAUUCGCAGAAUGACAACCCUUCGACGCGGAGCUCCCAGUCAGGGGAGAUCGGCCAUGCUCCAAGCUGCCCUUAUGUCGGCUGGGAUGGGUGGAAAUAUACGGCCACAUUUUACCUGCCAUGACUCCAUCAGAAGACACAUCCUCUACGUCUACAACAUCGCACGAGGGUCCGAAAAGACACUAAGAAGAGAAAAGUUCGAGGCCUUUCUCAAGGGAACACAGGGCGCCUUAUGGGUGGAGCCGUUGACCCAAGAGUCGUACUCUUUCCAAGACUUCUUUUGGGUAUGGAGUCAAAAUGAGUCGGCGUGGUCUGCCGUGAGGAGGCAUGAGGAAUUAGACGCCUCAAAACCGAUCAGCAACUACUUCAUUAGCAGCAGCCAUAACACAUAUCUGGAUGGUAAUCAGCUCUCGUCCAACAGCACGGCUGAUGCCUAUCGCGAGGUUCUCAGCAACGGUUGCCGUUGCAUAGAGAUUGACGUCUGGAACAAUCCCAACUCCCGUAGUACCUCCCGAACACCCUCCAAAUCGCCACAAAUGGAACACCGGCGUCAGUUUUCAUCCAACUCAAUACCGCGAAUUGCGGCUGAAAGGCUCGAUGCCCUCAUGAGCAGACACAGCCGUAGCCCUAGCGCCCCCCAAAGCGCCUUCUCAUCGCUCGAAUCCAAGCACAGCCGGAGUCCAAGCGCCGCCCAAACCACCUUUUCGACUCUAGAAACGCGAGAAAGCUCUACCACCCUCGAUCCGCGAGACCUCGUCGGAAGCCGAUCCCGGGCCUCCUCUCGCUCCAAGGAGGACAAAUUCAACGGUGAGCCCGUCGUCCACCACCACGGCACCAUGACCUCCAUGAUCAGCUUCCGCGAAGUCUGCAUCGCCGUCCGCGAAACCGCGUUCCAAAGGAACCCCCUGCCCAUCAUUGUCUCCCUCGAAGUUGGCGCCGACAAGGAACACCAAGAGAUGAUGGUCCAAAUUAUGAAAGAGGAGUGGGACGGCUACCUCCUCGACAAGCCAUUCGAUCACAUCGACCACAUUACACAACAGCCAAGGCUCAAUGAACUCUACAACAAAAUCCUCAUCAAAGUCAAGCGCAUAUCUGACAAGCAAGUCGAAGACGAGAUUGAGCGCGGGAGGAAGCUCGGAAUCAGCUCCAUCAGAGCCAAACCGCCCAUUACCAAGCCCCUGGCCGACCUGGCGAUCUACACCCACAGCGAGCACUUUGACGACCACCAGUCCCUCCACUCCCGCACCCCAUCCCAUAUUUUCAGCCUCAGCGAAGACUGCUUCCACGCCUUGGCUCACGACGCUACCAAAAUCCGAACCCUCCUCUCACACAACCGCGACUUCUUCAUGAGGAUAUACCCCAAGGGUCUCCGCGUGGACAGCAGCAACCCCGACCCCUCUUUCCACUGGAGAAGGGGGGUCCAAAUGGUAGCCAUGAACUGGCAGCGCACUGACGAAGGGAUGAUGAUCAACGACGCCAUGUUUGCGAACACUCACGGCUGGGUGUUGAAGCCCCCAGGACUGUUGAGUGACGAAAACGUUGACGUGGAGGACAUCCCCAGGCGAACAUUGGAUUUGCGAAUUACCGUCCUGGCAGGGCAGGCAAUUCCCUUACCGCGGGACAGGAGGCAGUUAGGCGGGGUGGGGGUGAUGGGGGAUAGGAGAUUCAGGCCGAUGGUGAAGGUUGAGCUGCAUGUGGAGAAGCAAAAGGGGGGGAAUCAGGAUUUGGUCAAGGAGACGGUGGUGGCGGAGACGGAUAAUCCUGAUUGGGGGUAUGACAGCAAGUCGUUGGACUUUUUUGAGGUGAAGGAUGUGAUUGAGGGGUUGAGUUUUGUGAGAUUCAAAGUAGAAGACAGCUCCUCCAUCCGCGACAACCUCAUGGCUUGGGCCUGCAUCCGCCUUGACAGGCUGCAGACCGGGUACCGGUGUAUUGACCUACUGUCCAAGACUCGUCGAAAGACGGAGCACGCGAAGUUGUUGGUCAAGGUUGAGAAGGUUUUUCGGGCUGAGACGCCUGCGUAAUCAACACCCUCAACUGACCGGGGGGGAAAACACACGCCGCCGAAUGUGUGACUCCGGAGGCCAUCUUGCACCAUUUCAUUUCAUUUCUGCUGGCAUAUUUACCAUUUUUUUCUUUUUCUUUUUUUUUUUAAAAUACCAAGGCAAGCAAGCAAGCGAAGCAUAGAUAUCCUGGCGUAUGUUUUGUUGUUUUCAGGAGGUUAGCAUUCCCUUCUCAUCAAUUUUUAUCAGGGAGGGCAAGUUUCUCUUUUCCCCCUUUUUUUUCAAGCGAAGCGGGCGUUGUUUCGUCGUUAUAUCCACUUGACUAGGCAUUUUAUCAUUUUGAUCAAAGCGGGAGGGAGUUGGCGAUUUGGUGAUCUGGUAUUGUCGUUUAUUUAUUUACCA